GAAUGUGUUGAUAAUUCAUGCUAUGAAUUUGUGACAUUGCACAUUUUUUCUACACUGCUCUCUUUCAACUCAUUGAAAAUCAAUCAUUUCGUCCUGCAGUCACUCGUGAUGCUUAAAAUGCCGAAUGUUUGAUUCACGGAACUCAUUCAACUGCGUCUUUCAAGAAGCAAAACAAGCUGUGCUGCCGAUUUAUUGUUUGUGUUCAUGUUAUCAAAGUGAUUUACAAUAUAAAACUAUUUUUCAAUUAAAAUGGCACAAGCAGAAGAUACUGAACUAAGAGAUUUGGUUAUAGAAGCGUUAGAGAGAAACGGAUCGUUGGCCAAAAUACGAGCGUUGCUAAGGGCAAAUAUUUUUUUAGCUUUUGAAGAUGAAUGUGAAAACCUGAAACAGAAUGUUAACCUGGACAACAUUCUUAAACUACCCGAAGGUAUUAUAGCUCUAUCUGUUGUGCACGAGUUCCUAGAGUUUUGUUGUUUGAAAAACACGUUGUUCGUGUACAGGUCGGAGUCCCGACAGGGAAACGAGUAUAACUACGGCGGUAAGAAAAAGUUAGCUGAGAAGUUGAACUUACCUAAAUGUGAUAACCAAAAAGAACCUCUCUUGCUCACAUUAAUUAAGAAUAUGUUAUCCCCUCACCAGAAAAAAUAUUAUGACCCCAAUGCUAUCUCAAAUUAUAACAAUCAUGAGCCACAUGAUGGUAAGAAUUACAGAGAUGAACAAAAUUCCACUUAUAUUCUUCAUGAAGACUCACAGAGCAGUACCACAAGUAAUUCUCAGUCAGAUAAUUCUUCUGAUGAAAAAAAUAAACUACAUCUGCGGCUACAGCUUGACAAUUCAGAUACAGAUACUUCUAGUGACUCUGCGAGGGACAAAACAAGUUCUGAAUACAUUCCGGGAGACCAUAUCCUUCAAAUGGACAAUAAUAGCACUCCAGCUAUCCAUGAUACACCAAAAUCAAAUGAUCCUGGAGAUGCAAGAGAUCAAAACAAGUCAGUAACUUACAACAGACCGAGAAAUGAGACUUCAUUGUUAAUGAAUGAAUUAAAAUUGACUACGAAUAGCAGUAGUGACUCUACCUCAUAUUUAGAUUUAAAACCUUUUAACUCAUUAGAUGAAAAAAUGCUCAAUACAGCAGGCUUACCAAUUGUGGAAGCCCUUCCCAUGGAUCAGAGUAAUACAAACCUUUUAUUAGGAACAAAUGUCCAAAAUGAUUUAUCACCAGCAAAAUCUGGAACAUCGAGUAGCAACUCUGUAUCUCACAAACAAGAAAAUGUGAAUAAGGUUAUAGAAGUCAGUGAGAAAAAAUCACAAGCAUCUGGAAAGUCAGAUGGAGAUACUGCUGAAUUUAGUUACGGUGAUGAUUUUUCAUCAUCACCCGUUUCUAAGUUAAAAGAAAAUAAAGACCAGCCUACAAAAUUGACAGAGCCAACUCAAGAUGUAUUAGAAAAAAGUUUAAACAAGAAUGCCACAAUAGAAAGUCCACAUCAAACAUCCCAAAGCUCACAGAGUUCUGUGCCACUCUCUGAUGUUGCAGAUCUAAUAAGUGAGAAAAGUUCCUUAAGUAUAACAAACGUGAGGUCAAAGAAAUCUGAAAGUAAUAACUCCAAGGGGAAAACAGAUCCUAAACAAAGUCAGGUCCAUAGCGAUGAUUCCGGUGAUUUUACCGAGUCACCUAUACCCUCUUUGUCGAAUUUGAGUCUUGACAUACACAGUGAUUGAAAUGUAGACACUGAUAGACUAAACUUUGUCUUGAUAAUAAGUAAAGUAUUACUUGAUAAAUUUUAGCAAUACUAUUUAAUGAAAUACAAAAUAAGUUCCUGUUAAUAUUGAAAAAAAUAAUUGAUAGAGUGGUUAGAUAGACUUUAUAGAUCCAAAACUGUGGGGACUGUUGUGUACAAUUUAAAAAUGAAGCCUUAUUACAUUAUUUAAACAGAAAUAUAUUUCAGACCUCAGUUGCAUUUAAAACAAUAUUAAAAAUAAUCCAGCCUCAUAAAAAUCUUUUGUAUUAGUGUUGUCUUUGGUGAUUUUACAUUGUGAUAAUUCAAACUAUUUUCCUGGCAUUGUUAAAAUAUAAUAGAGCAACGGUUAUUCAUGUGUAAAAAUUUAGAUUAGGCUUUCUUGACAGGCACUAUUAUGUGCUCAACCUGUUUAGUGAAUAAUUCUCAUGUUUAGAUUUAAAUGUAGAUAUUAGAAUAAUUUAAUUCAGUACCUAAUCAAAUCUGGCAAUGUUACAAAAUUAAGAAAAAACCCUAACAGAUAAUCUGUACCUAUAUUAUGAUAAUGAUAGUGUUAAUUGCUUCUUUCUGUUUAAAAGUUUUCAUCUGCUAUUCUGUAUACUACAGCUGCUGAAUGCUUUCAUUUGUUGAUACAUUUAGUCGUACCAGCUUACAAUUUAAAUGUCAGUGGCUGGUUUGUUGAAAUGGUUGUGCCUUAUUUAUAUUGGAUUCACCAAACUAAUGCAAUUGUUCCUUUUAGUACUCAAUAAAUGAAGAUUCUAGUCCUAAAUGAAAUAAAACUGGUUCCGUCCAAAUUGCUCCAUUACCAUGUCUGUGUCUGGCGAAUGUUUGAUAAAACUAUGUUGUAAUUAAGUAAUGACUUCAAUAAAUGCCUCAAAAUAUUA